AUGGUCAAUAUUUGUGGUAUCAUUCCAUGCGGCCGUCCUGUUCGUACUGCUGGUGCCCUCACAUGCGAUCUGCCUGCCCACAUGGAAUGGCAUCAGAAGUACGAGACCCGCUUUUCGAGACUUUCGUACCCUGGUGUUCGCCGAGUUAUCCGCCGUCAGAAGGAGCAGAACGAUGCAGGUCGCCGCCCUUCCGGGCCAUCUCUGGAAGUGCAGCUUCCUUCCCUUGGUGAGGUAGCAGCUGAAGAUGUGGUGCACACCUUUCGGGCUCGCUCGAUAUACUGUCUUCAAACAGUUCAGUGGGCUUGUGGUAUUCCCAUCGGAUGGGGAAAGUGUUAUUGGUCAGAAAGCCCCUCUCAGGUUCUUUCAAUUCUGAAUGCAAUCUGGGAGGACUUUCAUGGCUCCAGGCCUGGCUUCAUCGCAUACGAUAAUGCCUGCAAUCUUCUCCGCCAUAUUGUCACUCAAAAUGCUGGGGACCCCUGGCUCAAGUCCACCAAGUUCAUUGUCGAUGCGUGGCAUUAUAUUGGUCACCAGGCAAGUAAUGUUUUGUGUCGCAUUUGGUGUAAUCCAGCUCCAGCAAAUGGCUCUCAGCCCGAUUUGCUGAUUAUGCAAGAAGACGCAAACGGUAAUAAGCACACAACCCGAGCAUUCAAUACGGAGACCGCAGAGCAGUUGAACUCAUGGAUGGAUGGGUUUGAAGCUCAACUACGGCAAAUGACGGAUGUCAAUUAUGACUUCUAUGUUCAUGUGCUGUUUAUGCUCUACAAGGAGGCAGUCGAAGAGCGGAUAGAUAAAAAGAAUCAGCAUAUUCCAGAGGACUUUUGGGUAAAUAUGUAG